GGGAGGGAGGGAGGUGGUUGUGGAGAGAAGGCAGCACGCAGCACAGCAGAGCCACAGAGUCUCCCUGCCACGUGCGUGCCGUGAGAGGGAGCGCGAAGCGAGCAGCUGACGUUGUUGUAACUCCGUGGCGGGGAGGGGAACGGAACGCCACACAGAGUUUGGGCUGAUCCAAAAACAUCUCAGCCGAUAAGUUCUCAAACCCUGCGCUUACCCCCCCCCCGCCCUACUUAGGUUAGGGGUUUUUAAUCUGUCGUGAUUUGUGCCGCUAUCCCCUGCGUGGGACGAGAGCUCGAGAGAGAAAGAGAGAGAGGUGGUGGUGGUGGGGGGGAAGAGACGACACGAGAUUUAUCAGCCGCCGUUGCUGCUGCUGCUGCUAUAGAGAGGGAGAUCUUUUGUCUCGCAAGAAAGAAUGCGUGAUGAUGCCUUCGCGUCUGCGCGCCACUUCGCCUGCCCUCUUGGCGGUGAUCGCCUUUGUCGACGUGGCGCUGGCGCAGUGCUACGACUCGUGCGACCUGGAGAAGUACUGCUGCAGCUCCGACGACAUGGCCUACUGCUGCUCGUACCUCUCCUACGUGGGCAACGUGCUGACGGGUGCGGCGAUCGCCGGCAUCGUGCUGGGCCUCGUCUUCCUGCUGGGGAUCAUCGCGGCCGUGGCCGUGUGCAUCUGCUCCUGCCUCAAGUCGAGCCAGCGCAGGGUGGGCAUGGCGUCGCCGGCGCGCUCCAACGCCCUCAGCACCGUCACUGUGCCGGCCGGCGAGGGUUAUAGCUUCCCCCCGCCACCGCCGUACAGUCCGUACAGUCCGGCAGUGGGAGCCGACCUGCCGCCCCCCUACGCGGCCCAAAGCACGGGCCCCGGGCCUGGCUACCCUCCUCCACCGUACCCGGGAAAGUAGCGGACGUGGGACGAAAGAGAAGCGAAACUGGUCUCCUCUCUACCACGCUCAAGACCAAAGUGACGUUUUUUUUUAAAACUCUCUUUUUGUACUCUCCCUACCCCCCCCCACCCCCCACACUUGUUAAAUGUAAAUCAGAAUCGUCAUCUUCACUGUUUAUACAAACAAAUAAAAAAAUUAGGGAUUGGGAAGAUUUGCAUCCACUACUAGAAGGAGCGUAAUGGCUGAUGGACAAGACCGCUGAUGAGAUGGCUCAAAGGAGAGAAUGCGCCCGGGAGGACGACGGCCGCGGAGAUGGAGCGGUGAGAUGGGGUCACGCGUGCGUGCAGGAAUGAGGUGGGGAGUGCGGCGGGGGUGCAGGCGGUGCAACUGCACCGGGGUCGACAAGCCGGAGUGCGAAGGUGCUGGGUUACGAAGAGAGGGGGUACGUUGGAGAAGGGGGUACGCUGGAGAGGGGGGGGGGGGCCCGUGUCAUUCCUUUCGCCAGGGCCAAGGCCAACCCUGCUACACAACACUGGCAACGCGGGACGUUAUGCGAUGGUAAUGGCAUAAAGGGUGACCUUUAUCCAGACAGUGGCUCAUGAUGAUGAUGAAAUGCAGAACCAAGUUGUAUGCCCAAUGCAGAUUUGGAACACGGUCUAUGUGCUUAAGAUUUUCUAAAUGAUUUUAAAAGUGGAUGGUGGCUGGUACGUGAUGGCUCGAGACGACUCGGCAAGAGAACUGGUGGCUGACACGUGAUGACUCGAGACGACUCAGCAAGAGAACUGGUGGCUGACACGUGAUUACUCGAGGCGACUCAGCAAGAGAACUGGUGGCUGACACGUGAUGGCUGGAGACGACUCAGCAAGAGAACUGGUAGCUGACACGUGAUGGUUCGAGACGACUCAGCAAGAGAACUGGUGGCUGUCACGUGAUCACUUGAGACGACUCAGCAAGAGAACUGGUGGCUGACACGUGAUGGCUCGAGAUGACUCAGCAAGAGAACUGGUGGCUGUCACGUGAUGACUCGAGACGACUCGGCAAGAGAACUGGUGGCUGUCACGUGAUGGUUCGAGAUGACUCAGCAAGAGAACUGGUGGCUGACACGUGAUGGUUCGAGACGACUCAGCAAGAGAAUUGGUGGCUGUCACGUGAUGGUUCGAGAUGACUCAGCAAGAGAACUGGUGGCUGACACGUGAUGGUUCGAGACGACUCGGCAAGAGAACUGGUGGCUGACACGUGAUGGUUCGAGAUGACUCAGCAAGAGAACUGGUGGCUGUCACGUGAUGACUCGAGACGACUCAGCAAGAAAACUGGUGGCUGACACGUGAUGGCUGGAGACGACUCAGCAAGAGAACUGGUGGCUGACACGUGAUGGUUCGAGAUGACUCAGCAAGAGAACUGGUGGCUGACACGUGAUGGUUCGAGACGACUCGGCAAGAGAACUGGUGGCUGACACGUGAUGGUUCGAGGCGACUCAGCAAGAGAACUGGUGGCUGUCACGUGAUGGUUCGAGAUGACUCAGCAAGAGAACUGGUGGCUGACACGUGAUGGUUCGAGAUGACUCAGCAAGAGAACUGGUGGCUGACACGUGAUGGUUCGAGACGACUCAGCAAGAGAACUGGUGGCUGACACGUGAUGGUUCGAGAUGACUCAGCAAGAGAACUGGUGGCUGACACGUGAUGGUUCGAGCUGACUCAGCAAGAGAACUGGUGGCUGACACGUGAUGGUUCGAGAUGACUCAGCAAGAGAACUGGUGGCUGACACGUGAUGGUUCGAGACGACUCAGCAAGAGAACUGGUGGCUGACACGUGAUGGCUCGAGAUGACUCAGCAAGAGAACUGGUGGCUGACACGUGAUGACUCGAGACGACUCGGCAAGAGAACUGGUGGCUGACACGUGAUGGUUCGAGACGACUCGGCAAGAGAACUGUUUGCGGUCAUUGUUGACUGAGAUUGGCAAGCGCCCCUCCGCCCGUCUACGCGCCCGCUCCUAACAAAACAACUACCAUGGCACCAACGUGUUGGAAUGUUUAGACUUAAACACUGAAAGGUUCGCUGGCCAUCUUGUGUGUAUUUAUGUUGAACUUCUUUCACACCGUACGUAGCCAACCGCGCUAGCCGGAGGUGCGGGGGCAAAACAACAAAUUAAGCACAAAGUUUAACACGUACGCUUUCGGAACUGAUAUUAUAAAGGUUGUUUUUUCCCACGUGAGAUCGCGUCAAUAAAAAUGUGUCGUUAACACACCACCACUCGACACUGCCAAUAAGUAAAGAACCAAAGAGCAAGUAAGCUUUGUCACGUAAACAAGACGUGCCCAGCUAGUUACUACUUUAGCACACCAGUUUGUUGUACCUAAUUGACACGUUUUGUUUACUUGACAUCCCUCACUAAUUGGCUGAGUUGGAUGGUGGUGGGUUAACGGCACAGUUAUAUUUACUCUAACCAAAAACAACCCCUUUAUUAUGAAUAAAUACGAAAAGCAGUUAAAAAAAAUGAGUUUUAAAUCUAAACUGAUCCUCCCUGUACCAAUUCCAUGGUGACCUUUUGGUUUGAGGCACAAGCUACCCGCUUAUGCACCACGUGGUGAUGACUGGUGUAGAGAUGUUAACUCCCUCGCCCGGUAUACAGGAGUCCAUGGGUUCGAUCCCGACCCUGACGCCUGCUGCUGUAUAUUUGGAGUUUGCGAUUCUUUCUCCACAUGGUCGCGUGGAUUUUGCUCGGGGUUUUCCGGUGUUUCCCCUCCACAUUGAGAAUCAACAUCGCGCGUUUAGAACGUUUGGCUGCGAUGUAUUUGCACGUGACGAUGAGCCGCUUCGCUGAAGCUAUCGUCGGUGAUGUCCAAGUCGCUUCUGACAAAGAGCUACUUGGCUCAGUGGGACUUACACCUGGUCAACAAAUAAAAUGGUUUAAAUAGUGUUACAGUUUUGCGGCUGGCUUUGGUCAUUUAAUCGCUGAGAGUGGACUUUAGGCGUGGAGACGCAUUGAUAACAGCGCUGGCUGGCCGCAGUAAGCCUACCCCUUAUUGUUGUUUUGCCCUGUUGUGUGGGGGGCAGGCAGGCGCGGGUUUGGGGGCAGUCUUUGUCAAAUGGAACGAGGGGAUGAGUCGACGGCUGUUUUCCGAGACGUCGUGACUCCCCAUGUGGACGUGCCAACGUUACCGAGGUUCCAAAAUCGCGAGCGAAAUGAAACUGUUGGUGGUGCAGAGGGCAGUGUUUGUUGAUAAUGUACUGUCAAAUCAAAAACAUGAACCCAGCCUAUGUAAAGUGAAACGUUUGAUUUUUUUCCGAUACUGUGUUGACACGCGGUGCACUGUAGCACAACGAAUAAACAACAACAACAA